AUGGCCGACUACACUCAGGAAACAUUUGAUAGCGUAAAAGGCUACCUCCAGGAAAGAAGAGAUGCUGAUGCUCCGAAGCCAAUCCAACCUAAUGCAUUCAGACUUCCACUGGGACCAAAGAACAAUUUCAACGAGGUCUACCCUGGAAUUAUACUAGGGAAUCAUGUAUGUGCUAAAGAUCCUGAAAAGCUGAAGAAAAUGGGAGUCACUCAUGUGCUAAACUGUGCUCAGGGCUCCAAGAUCAACCAGAUCAAUACAGAUGAAGAACACUUUAGUGAGGCUGGUAUCAGUUUCUAUGGUAUCAAGGCUAUGGAUAUUUCUACUUGUGAUAUCAGUCCACAUUUUGUUCCCGCGGCUGAUUUUAUUAAUGCUGCACUUAUUUCUGAAGGUAACAAAGUGUAUGUCCACUGUAUGGAAGGGAUCAGUCGUUCCUCGACUAUGGUCAUUUCUUUCCUCAUGCUCAAGAGAAGUAUGACUCUAAUGGAGGCUGUCACCGCUGUACGAGCCAAACGGGAAAUUUUUCCAAACUCAGGAUUUCUAAAACAGUUGUGUAUAUUGAACAAAUCUCUAUAUGAAUCACAGUAA